AUGAGUGUCAUACUUUGCACUGCUGGCUAUGACCACACUAUUCGAUUUUGGGAAGCACUUUCUGGAAUAUGUUCUAGAACAAUACAGCACCCUGCAUCCCAAGUCAACCGGCUAUGUAUAACUCCCGACAAGCGAUAUGUUGCUGCAGCCGGACAUCACAGCGUAAACCUCUAUGACAUCAAGACUAAUAUGACGGAGGCUGUCAUGACAUUUGAGGGCCAUACAAAUAAUGUGACAGGUGUUGCAUUUCACUGCGAAGGGAAGUGGAUGGUCACUAGCUCUGAAGAUGGCACGGUGAAAGUUUGGGAGACUAGAACAGGGUCGCUGCAGAGGAACUAUAGCCAUAAAUCGCCAGUUAAUGAUGUUGUUAUUCAUCCCAACCAAGGAGAACUAAUCAGUUGCGAUUUAUCGGGGGCAAUCAGAGUCUGGGAUUUGGGUGAGAAUCGAUGUAGCCAUCAAUUAAUACCAGAAGAGGACGUAUCUGUUGCUAGUGUAAGUGUUGCUAGCGAUGGAUCACUACUUUGCGCGGGUAAUAAUAAGGGAAAUGUUUAUCUAUGGCGUAUGGUGCAGGACCGCGAUAUUACCAAUAUCGUCCCCAUUGCAACCUUCCAAGCUCACAAAGAUUAUAUCACGAAAGUUUUACUAUCUCCUGAUGUCAGACAUCUCGCUACAUGCUCUGCGGAUCACACUGCCAAAAUCUGGAACCUGGACCCUGACUAUGUCCCAAAGAAACCAAUCAUAGGCGCUCCUCCAGGGAGUGAAUUCCAUGCGCUUAAUUCCAACCAUACUUCGUCGAAUGGUCAAACAUCCACGCAAAAUGGCCAACCAAAUACAUAUCGAAGUCCAUUAGCCAACGGCAUUUCCGGCUCUCGCGCCAAUCCCCACACCGUCGUAGAUACCUCAUUACAAUACAACCCAAGCCCGGAUACCUCUGAACAGCCCACUACAUCAUACCGAAGACAGAGCAAUGGAGAUUGGACCGAAAUUGAUUCACCUAACAGCAACUCUAUGACGAUGCCUGGCAACCCCCCCUUGGACCCAGUUUCGGGUACUCUCUGGCUCGAAACGAUCUUGGCUGUACAUCAACGCUGGGUAUGGGACUGUGCAUUCUCGGCUGAUUCGGCAUAUCUCGUCACAGUUUGCAGUGACCACUAUGCACGCUUGUGGGAGCUGGCGUCUGGCCAGAUCAUUCGGCAAUAUAGUGGCCAUCAUCGUGGAGCAGUAUGCGUUGCAUUGAAUGAUUAUUCAGAGCCGCGGUGA